UGUUCUCGUACCCGUUGGUACAAAUAAUUUACCGCGAGUGAGAUUAAAUAAAAGCGAAGACACCAUGGGACAUACUCCCCGGCUUAAGUCCGCGGGGAUCGUCGCUUGUCUCCUUUUCCUCUUGGCACCCUCUACUGCAGCGAACAAGUGCAUCGUCGGUUGUCAUGGCAUGAACCCAGGCAAAUCGUAUUUGGAAGGACACACGUACAGUUACGAUUUGAAAGGAUCAUCGGUAACGUCGGUGAGCGAGGCGCAAGGUGAGUCGAAGUUGGAGCUCAGUGGGAUCGUUGAAUUAGCGGUAAAGCCGGAUUGUCUUCACCAGUUAAAAGUGAAGAAUCUUCGCGUGAACGGAGCGCCGGUCGGUCUGAAGGACGUGGAGAAGCACGUUCUCCAGUACAAUUAUCACGAUGGGCACAUCGACACGAGCGUCUGCGCCGAGGAGGGAGACUCUCAGGCUUCUCUCAACAUCAAGAGGGCCGUCGUUUCCCUCUUCCAAUCGGCGGUUAUGCAAGACGCCGGUACAUCGAGCCAUCACGAGACGGACGUAUUCGGCGGAUGCAGGACGGAUUUCGCCUUCCACAAGGACGGGGACGUCGUCGUGGUGAACAAGAACAGGAACCUCGCGGAUUGCGCGUACCGGGAGACGAUUCGGCAGGGAUUAAUAACGGCGGCGUUUGACCCGACGGCGGAAACGAAAUCGUCGCCUCUGCUCUCGUCCCACUUGAAGAGCGAGCAGCGUUUCCUGAAGGGGGUUUUGCAGAAGGCCGUUUCCAGCGAGAGUUACCUGCUCCGGCCGUUCAGCAACGGCGACGCGGGCGCGAAAACUCUUGUCGUUAUGGAGCUCAACCUGAAGGACAGCAAACCGUCUGCGGCUCCGGCUGGUGCAGUGACUCAACCAAAAUCUCUGAUAUUCGAUCCUCCGCAUCCGGUGCUCGACUCGUCCGUCGACGCGAUUGUCAAGGCGUUGACAGCUGUGAAGGAGGAGUGUCCCGAAUCGGCGGUGAAGGAACACGCCGCAAGCAAGUUCGCAGAGCUCAUAAAGGUCCUCGGGGUUUCGAACAAAGACGACAUUUUGAGCGUGUACAAUCGCGUCAAAUCGGGCAACGGUUUCGACAAAAAGUCCGACAAGAAAAUUCUGCUCGACGCCCUCUUCCGCACCGGGAGCGGCGAGGCCGCCGAAGUCGCCGUGGAAUUGAUAAAGAUUCACGAAGUCCAAGGGCUCGAGGCGCUCGCGUACUACGCGAGCCUCGCUCUCGUUCGUCACGUCCAUUUACCGACCGUAACCUCGGUGACGAGCCUCCUCGAGCAAGCGUCCCUCCCCCGCAUCGGGUACCUCGGGAUCGGUCACGUAAUCGGCAAGUACUGCGAUCAACACGAGUGCAACAACGUGCCCGAGGUGAAAGCGGCCCUGGGCAAGUUCCUCGCCAAGGUUGACGGAGCGAACAAGUUUGAUACGAGAGAAAAAGAGAGCGUGGCUAUCGCAGCCCUCAAGGGUCUCGGCAACGCCAAAUACCACGACAAAACUACCGCGGAGAAAAUCUCGAAGAUCGCCGUCGACAAGAAGGUGAAAAACCGCGUGAGGGUCGCCGCCCUCGAAGCCCUCCCGUCGACGUGCUCGAGCACGUGGGUAAAACCACUGCUGGACGUUCUCGGCAACGAGGAAGAGGACACUGAGAUCAGAAUCAAGACGUAUCUGGCCCUGGUACGUUGCCCAAGCGCCCAGGUCGCCAAAGGCGUCAAGGACGUUCUCGACAAGGAAAAGGUCAACCAGGUCGGCUCCUUCAUAACAUCGCAUCUGAGAAAUCUCCGCGCUAGCACCGACCCGAGCAAGCAGAAUGCCAAGAGUCAUCUCGCCGAGAUAAAACCGAGGAUCAAGUUCCCCGAAGACUUCCGCAAGUUCUCGUACAACAACGAAUUCUCGUACAACAUCGGGGCCCUGGGCUUGGGCUCGAGCAUCGAGAGCAACGUCAUCUACAGCCAGAAGAGCUUCGUGCCGCGUUCGGCGUACUUGAAUCUCACGACGGAAGUCUUCGGUCACGCUUUCAACGUCCUCGAGCUCGACGGACGCGUCGAAAACCUUGACAGACUGAUCGAGCAUUAUUUCGGGCCGAAGGGUGAGUUGAGAACUCAGGAAAUCGAAGACCUGGCCGAAGGCGGUAAGAACACUCUGACCAAAAUGUACGAGCGCGUGAAGCAACGCUUCGGCGAGUCGACCCGAGGUCGCCGAGAGGUUAAGCAGGAGAGUUUGAACAAAUUCGCGAAAAAGGUUAAACUCGACACGGGUAAGGUGAACGACGACGACCUCGACGUCGACGUGUCCCUCAAGAUGUUCGGCGUCGAAUUGGCGUACCUCGAUUAUCAGGGCGCUGGGGUCGGUGCCGAUCCGAGUCACUUCAUCGACACGAUCUUCGACGUUCUCGACCACGCGGUCAAGGGGGCUAAACACUUCGACAAGCAACUCGAGAGCCACGUUCACUUCCUCGACGCCGAUCUCGUUUAUCCGACCGGACUCGGUAUGCCGCUGUCCCUCGGAGUGACCGGCGACAGCGUCGUUCAUCUCAAGGCGAGUGGCAGCUUCGAUCUGCCCGCGAUAAUUAAGGACCCGUCAACGGCGGCUGUGAAAUUGGCUCUGCACCCGAGCGCCGCCAUCAGCGUCGUCGGUAACAUGCUCGUCGACGGAUUCGGCUCGAAAUCAGGCCUCCGACUGGUCAGCACGCUUCACACCUCGACCGGCUCCGACGUCUCCGUCAAGCUGCUCGACGGCAAGGGCAUCGACGUGAGCUUCGGAAUUCCCAAGAGGAAGCAAGAGAUCGUCAAAGUUGCGAGCGAGGUCUUCUUCGUUACGUCGGACUCGUCGAGCGUCGCGCCCAAGUUCACCAAGGGGAGAGAGCACAAGGACUGCUUCGAUCAAUUCGCCUCCCUCCUGGGCGUAACCCUCUGCGGACACCUGACUUAUCCCUACGAGAGCAUCGAGUCCGUCCACAAGAAGCCGGUCUUCCCACUCAGCGGGCCAGGAAUAUUCGCUGUCAGCUUGGAAAACAACGACGUUGACAGCUACCACUUCAAACUGUACCACGACAAAGACGGAGACGGCCAAUCGUUCGAGGUCAUGAUCGAGACACCGAACAGCAAGACGGACAGGAAGAUCGCGUUCAAGGUCGCCGGGAAGGUAGACCCGAACGGCUUCUUCAAAGUUUCUCUCGAUUCUCCCUUCAAAAAAGUGUUGGCCGAGGUAAAAUUGAACAACAAGGAUACCGAGAAGACGCUCUCGAUAAAGGCGAUCAACGACGUUGACACGUACUUCCUCCGGGUGGGAAUCGCGGUCGAGUCUGGUAGCAAGUACAAGCCGAUUCUCGAGUACAAAGUACCUGAACACAUCGAGAAGCUGGCUAGCGCUAAAACCGGAGCUAAAGGUCACAAAAAGGACGGUCAACUGUACAAGGUCAAAGGGGACGUGGAGGUCGUCGAUUUCGACGGUGGCAAAAAGUAUUCGUUCAACAAAGUCGUACUCGUGGCCGGAGAGCGCGCACUCGCCAGUCUCGACGGGUACGUUGCCGCGAAGCCGAACGCUCUCGUCGUCGACGGCAAAAUAGCUCACGGCGAAGAGAACUUGGCCGUGAAAAUGGACGCCCACAAAAUCGAGAAGAAAUUGAACCUCGACCUCGCCGUCGUGCCGUCCAAGGACCCGAACUUCGGCUUCAAACUCCACUGGCACUACGACCGACCCGUGGCCACCGACAUCGACCACCAGCUCGUUUUCACCUACGGAGCCGAUCUCGAGUCCAAGGUCAACCGGUUGACGAUAAGCGACAAACUGACGUACAAGAAAUCGGACCAGCCCGCGGUUGGGCCCGCGGGCUCGUUCACCCCGGCUUACCUCAAGCACGUCACGGCUGUCAAGACCGAAUCGAAGAUAACGUGGCCGGCGGAGGCUCUCGCGAGCGAAUUUGAGAUCGAACUUUCCCCCACGAACCUCGGCAUCGAGUUCGACUUCGAGUACGGCAAGUUCAAAAUAGGCUCGGACUUGGAGCUCAAAGGCGACAAGGAACACGCGCAGGACGUCGAGCUCAAACUCAAGGGCCACUUCCUCGAGAGCAAGGCCGCCCUCGAACUCAAGCGCAAAAGACUCGGAGAGCACAAGAACAAGCUCGAAGCUUCCAUCGAACUGCCGGGCGGCGGUAAGUACGAGGGCGAGGCCGAGGUCACCUACGACGUCAAAAAGAACAACGUCAACGUCCAGGUCGACGCUGACCUUUCUCUCAAUGGAAAAAAAAUCAAGAUGGAUUACGGCGUCGAGGCGAAUCCCCAAAAAACCCACAGUCACGCCGUCGUCACCUUUGACUCGACCAAGUACAUCGACUUCGCGAUGAAGCUCCAGUGCGGCGCGAACCCUCACGGCACUCUCAAUCUCCACGUCAAGAACAUCCUCGUGGUCGGUGGUCAGUUCAACUAUCAGAACGGCAAGGGUACCGCCAAUCUCAACGUCGAUAUUCCGAGCCUGCAUCGGAAGAUUAAGGGAACCGGCGAGGUCACCGUCAACGGCAAAAAGCACCUCGUCAACGUCGAGUUUCUCUUCGACGCGGACAAGGACCCGAGCAAGCGUCUCAAAAUCUCCUCCGACUCGGACGUCACCAAGGAAUCGAUCGACUCGAAAAACACUCUCGAAUUUGGCAAAUACAAAACCGAAGUCAACUUCAAGGGCAUGAUGAAACCCAACGGGAAAAACGGCCACGACGGCGAGGGCAGCCUCGAGAUCACGCUACCCAAUGAUCGCUUCAUCGUCAUCGAAGCUAUUCACCAAAUGAUUCGCGAGGGCAAGAAGAACCGACUCAGCGGAACUUACAAGUUCAGCGACUCCGUAACCAAAGGCGGAAAAACUGCUAAAGUCUCGUACGAAACGGCACUCGGCUGGGUCGACGGUCCCGAGCACGAGUACAUCGGCAGACACGCCCUCAUCCUUCAAUCCUACGAAGGCAAGAGCUUGAAACUCGAUGUUUCCGGAAGUCACGAACGCACACCCAACUCCGACAAGAGGAAGAGCGAAUUCGUCGUCGGGCUCGAUGGUACCUUCGUCCCGAAACGUUUCCUCUUCGCUCUUUCUGGCAACUACAACGCUCAGGAUGGCGACUGGAAGAUCAAGUCUGAGUUGGGAAAAGAUCUUGGUGUCAAGGGUCAAGGAAGUUACACGCGCGGAAACCGCGUCGACGUUCCAGCGACGAGCGAGUCUCUCAUCGAGUUUAAAUUCCCGAGCGAGAAGCUGAGCUCUUUGAAGUUCCAAGCGUCCGGAAGUUUGUUGGCGCCGCUCGAUGAGCACGGUCAGUUCUCGUACACGGGAGUGAAGAGCCUGACUUACAACGGGGACAAAAAUCUCAAAGCUGAAAUAGACGUUCACCAUAAGGGAGUGCCGGACUCGCAUCGGGCGAGCCAAGGCGACGCCAAGGUGACGCUCACUCUGUUGAGCAACCCUCCGCUGACGGUGGCGACUUCGUACAAAUGCGAUCCGACCGGCGAGAUGAAAGUGGGGAGCGGCACGCUGGACGUCAAAUACGGCGAGAAGGCUGCGAGCCUCGCUUCGGAAGUUUCCUUCACCGAAGACCUCAAAACUGUGAAGCUCGAUGCCAAGGCGACAACGCCCAUUGACAAGUUCCGCAACGUCGAGCUCAAACUCCACCGCAAGAAGGGCCAGGACGACAUCCACGCGUUCGAAGUCCAGCUGGUCGCUGACGAAGCCAAAUACACUCUCGACAGCCAAGUCCAAUUGAGUCCGACGGUAUCGAGCGUCAGCAUCGUAUUGACUUGUCCGAAUGGCAAGACCGAGAUCGUCAGCAAGUUCAAAGUUCUUCCUGAUAACGUCUACGUUGGUGAAUGGAAAAUCGAUUCGCCGAAGGGUUUCGUCGCUGCGGAUGGCCGAGUCAAGAUCGACAAUAUCGACAGCUUCCUCAUCGAGUUCAAUUUCGACAGUGACAAGAUAAAGCACAGGAAGAUUCACGCGGAAAUAGGAACGAAGCCGGCGGUCAAAUCGGGCAAAAGGAUCCUCGUGACGGUGACCAGCGACGGCAAGAACAUCGUCACCGGAAGUACGAACUACAGUAAACGCGACGAAGCUGGAAAGGUCAUCGUCGAGGGCAGCGGCAACCUCAAGAUCGGCGAGAAUACGCGGAGCUCGAAAUUCAGUUACACGCGUAAACAGUUGACGCGCGAGGUCGACGGCGAAGUCGGGGUCGCCAUUCUUCUCAAUACGAACUUCGGCCCCUCGGCCGUCGUCGGGGAACUCAAACUUUCCAACAAAGAGGUCCACGUUUUCAACAGCUAUUGCGAACAGAGCAAGGAUUGCGCUUACUUCAAUCUCCAAUCCGCCUUCGACACCGACGGUAACUCUCAAGUCAACCACCAAUUGACGGUCGAAGUAAACCUCAAAAAGUUCAACGUCCCCGUUGAGUUUGGCCUCAAAUCCAACACGAAAUAUCUCCUCAAGGAGCCGAACUUUGAUCACACCGCUAAUUUGUACGUUCACACCGCCAAGGACAAGACCCAGUACUCGUCCCAAGUGUACGUUCACGCUAAGGAUUCCGCAAUCGUGCUGACUCUGCCAAGCCGCGAAGUCGCAGUCGUCGCGUCCUACGAGGUCCCCAAAUCUCGGCAUUCCGGCGCCGUCAAGGUCGACGUUUCCGUCUACCUCGACAGGAAAAACAAGCCCAAUGACAAAACGAGCUUCGUUGCCAGCGGCGAUGUCAACGUCGAUAAAAACGCCGCUUCCGUCAACGGCGAAGCCAAGUUCACGUAUCCGUCGCAGCCCAAGGACAUGAGCGUGAACGGCCGAUUCCACUACGGCGGUGAGCAUCUCCUGGACGCGUCACUCGACCUCGACGUUUUCGCCAAAAAGGCUCAAAAGAUUUCGCUCGUCGCGAAAAUGGACCGCAUCCCGGUUAAGAAGGGUUACAACGUGACGGGCGUGCUGGAGGUUCACAGUCGCGGCCAACAGCUCAAGGUAGACCUCAAGCAACAUGCACUCGCGUCCGCAUAUCAGGUCGGCUUCGGCUCCUUCCUUUCCUACACCGAUCAGCACCAAAAACCAAAGUCCGUCGGCGUCCUCUUCGCUCUCGAUGCCACCGAGGGCCAAUUGACGGUCCAAGUGCCUGGCAAAGAACUCUUGGAUGUUGCCAUGGGCUACAAGCUCACCAAGGAACAGCAAAAGUUCGGUGUUUACUACACCAUCCUAGAAAACCCUGAAGUCGUUGCUUCCUUCGAGGGACGCAACUUCAACGAAUUCAAAUUCAGCAUGGGCGAGAAGGAGGAUCCCAAGAACAAGUUGACGGCGAACGGUCGCGUCGUUCUCGGCGAAUUGGCCGAGAUCCACGCUGACGUUUUAAAGAAUGGAGAGAAAAAGAAUCUUUUCAACGUGCUCGUUCAUCUCGAUGACAGCAAAUUCCUCAAGUCUGACUUCGGCUACAGCAAGGAUAACAUCGUAGCCUUCGUCGAUCACACACGAGAACGAGGAAUCAAGCUCGCAAGACAGAUGAAGGAAGUUGGUCAGGCUGUUGCUCAAGAAGCAGCCGUCGAGCUCAAGGAUCUUGUACAACAUCUCAAUAGAGCAGCCCCCAAUUUAAAACCUCUUGUCGAGUACUACCAAGGCGAACUCGAGAAGCUCAAGAACGAGCUCCAUGCCGAUGAGACCAUCAAGGAGAUCCAAGCCACUCUGCACAAAAUAUUCGGAGGAGUUAUCGUCGCGAUAACAGAAACUCUCAAGCAAUUGGCUGGCCAGGUGGAAGAACUGAACAAACAAUUGCACGAAAUCGUGGCGAAGGUCAGCGAAGCGAUCAAGUCGACUUAUCCUCACCUGAAAGAAUCCUUCGACAAGAUUUUCCAAGCUGGCAUCGAGAUCUUCGACGCCGCGACGAAGCUCGCAACCACGUAUCUCAAGGCCAUUCUUACCGUCGUGAACGAACAUCAGAAAGAUAUCAAACAACUGCUCGGUGUCGCUGCUGAAAUCACUCAAGAUAUCGCUAAAAUAAUUGCCAAGGGAGCUUCUCAGAUUGAGAAAGAAAUCAAGGACUUUGUCCUCCUCGUUAUCCAGCAGAUCAAAGCCUUGCCCAUUUACGAAUUCCUCAAGGAAAAGUAUGCCGAGCUUUCCAUUUACCAAGUGCCCGAUGCCAUCCUCGUGCCCAUCGAAGAGGCUUACGUUCAAUUGAAGAAAAUCUUGCCGACCGAAGAGCUCAGAGAAUUCUUCACCAUUACUUACGAGUACAUCAUGAAACACGUCAGACGUCAAAAGGUCGACGACCCUGCGGAGAUCAAGAAGAUAUGGGGCGCCGGAAUCGAGGCAGCCCAAUCUCUGGUGUCCCUCAUCCAGAGCAGAACGACCUUCGAUAAGCUCUUUGGUUUCUACAUGCUUCGAAUUCCUAGUGACUUGAGUGCAUUUACGAAACUUCCAGGAGUCGCGACCCUCAAAGUGUCCCUUAUCAAUCUAUUGCAGAGUCGAGAACUUCCCACGCCGGCUGAUAUAUAUUACGCUUACAGGCCAACGCUCCAUCUGACCGACCUCGUUCCACCGUUCAGUAAAACUGGUUUCUUCCUCGAGGGUGGACACUUUUUCACGUUCGACGGGCGCCACGUCACAAUGGCCGGAACUUGUGACUACAUCGUCGCCCAAGACAUGCGAGACGGUAAUUUCUCAGUGGUAGCAAAUUUGGCAGCUGGUAAAUUGACGAGUGUCACUGUCACCGCUCCAGGAGAGAGCAUCACCAUAAAAUCGAACGGAAACAUUCUUGCCAACGGUAAACCCGCCGAAUAUCCGGUGAGCACGAAGAACCUCCACGCCUUCCUGGUCCCGCCGAUCGUUAACGUCAAAUCGGACUUCGGAGUGCAUCUUAUGUGCACUCCUAAAUCCCCGAUGAGCUGCGGCCUCCACAUAUCCGGCUUCUAUCUCGGAAAAGUACGUGGUAUCCUCGGAGACGGAAACAACGAGCCCUAUGACGACUUCACUCUCCCAUCGGGUCACAUAACGGAAGAUGAGGCAGAAUUUGGCAACGCUUACAAACUCAACUCCGGAUGCGCUGCCGCGCCAGCUGUCGAUCACAAGUCUCAUAAUCGGGAUCCGACUUGCACCGAAUACUUUAGCGGAAAUUCUCCGAUGAGCUCUUGCUUCAAUUACGUUGAUCCGUCGAAUUACCGUCAGGCUUGUGAUCACGCUGUAAGUGCUGGCACUCCACAGGCUGCUUGUCUCAUUUCCGGUGCUUACUGGGUCGCUUGUCUCAAAGAACGUGCCUUCAUUUCCAUUCCUGACGCUUGCGGAAAAUGCAAAGUUAAAAACGACGAAGUCGCUGUCGGUGACACCUUCAGCGUAAAAGUACCACAGAAACAGGCUGACGUCGUUUUCGUCGUUGAACAGGACCUUCAGAACGAAAAAAUCUUCAAAGACCUCAUCCAACCACUGAUCGGUGACAUCAAGGCCGAAUUCAAGCAACACGGCAUCACAGACGUGCAUAUCGGACUCAUCGGCUUUGGCGAACACAUGAAGUGGCCCCAACACUACACCACGGGGGGAAGCAUGAACAUCGACGGCGAGGUGAACAACAUGAAAUUCGCUCCGGGAACUCCGCUGUUGAGUCUCGAGGAUGCGAAAGCUGGCAAUGCCUCGACGAGAAUCAAGUACCUGGAGCAGAGACUCGACGUUGAACUCGGCACGUUCAAGCUCACUGAUGCUUAUGAGGAAGCAAUUCGCUAUCCGUUCAGAGUUGGAGCGGCUAAGGUCGUCGUUGGUGUUAUCGCUUCGCCCUGUGAGAAGAGCCCGCUUCCCGUUUCGCUGCAGCAACUGAGAGUGGUGAUGGGUCAAAAGGUCUACCGUGACCUCGGUCUGACGUAUUAUCACAUUUCGUACUUGGAUGAAAUUCUUGUUUCCGGCAAGCCACAAAAGAACGUAAUCGGCUUUGACGCGCACAGCGCGUACACGUUCGCCGAUAGCAAGAAGAAACCGCUCGAAGGGAAUGUCGAGAUGAAAAACAAUCUCGUUCUCCCGAGCAACGACGUUUGCGCCAAUUUCGCAGUCCACUCCGGCGGUGCGGCUUUCGCAGUCGACCAUUUCCAGGAGGCCAAACCCAACCAGAAGAAACAAUUCGCUCAAAUAGCCGCGAGAAGAAUCGUCGAAGGUCUCGUCAAUACCGAACUUGAGGAAGACUGCGUCUGCCAACUGCACAAAGGCAUUGACGCACGUCCGCGAUGCAAAAUUGUUGGACGCAAAGAGAAGGAACCACUCGCGAGGCACACCAAAGGAGGCAUGAAGGGCUAAGCGCACAAGAAUCCUCCAACGUGGGAGCUAUUAUUACCGUUUAAUUAGACGUACGACGUACUCGUAAUUCCUUCAGUUUCUUUGUUUUUUCCCCUCCCCUCAUAAUGAUGCUGAAGUCUUUCGAUCGUCUCCGAGAGGUCUCUUUUUGAGCGAGCGAGGAUGAACCGGCGGUCCAUCCUCCCGAUUUCACUCAUGACUCACUGAUUUUAAUAAUAUAUUAUUAAUAUUAUUACUAUAAAUCUACUGUUUGUCUACUUUUAAGUUAAACUAAGAUACUCCUGCGAAGAAUGUGCGACGUCGAUCUGCAUGAGGAAGAAGAACGAAGUCGACGAUCCAAUGCAAUUUUUUAUUCGCACUGUCCAGUCUUCCGCUUACCGUUUCACAUUUUCGUCCCGAUAUUCUUUCACUAUUUUUAUCGUGACACAGCUUUUGGUGAAUCUGUUUCACGCGUAUUUAUUUACCGCUGUAUUUACACAUGAAUUUUUCUCGCUGCAAGUGACAAUUUGUAAGCUCUCCUGUGGACCUAAAAAUACUCCAAUAUUCCGGACGACAAUAUUCAUUUUAUUAGUCUCCGGUUACAUUAUUUUCUGUUUUCGCAUUGAUUUCAUUGGGACGAAUGAAGCUCGUACGGUUACCGGACGACUAGACACAGCCGUUUUAAUGACGUGUAUCCUGUUUAUCGAUUUAACGAAUCGGAGACGUUCGUGACUAUUUGUGAAUAAACGUGAAGUUUGUAACUAA